UCAUUUGCUUAAUUCUCUGUUUAUUCUGCUAAUUACAAUGGCCGCCAUUCAUAAUCACUCUUAUUUUCUCCUUGCCUUCUUUAUGUUCGAGGCGAUUGCUGUUUCAGCAACACAAUUUACACUUCAAAACAAUUGCGGCUACACAGUUUGGCCCGGUACACUUUCCGGCAACGGAGUUCCUAUCUCCGGCGAUUCUGGAUUUGCAUUAACUCCCGGCGCUACUAUCCAACUCUCCGCUCCUGGAGGAUUUUCCGGCCGGUUCUGGGGAAGAACCGGUUGCAAUUUUGACAGCACCGGAGCUGGUAAAUGUAUAACCGGCGAUUGCGGUGCAUUGAAAUGCCCUAGCGGAGCCGGCGGCGUACCUCCGGUGAGUUUAGUUGAAUUCACAAUCGCGAAAACCAAAGAUGAGAAGGAUUUUUACGAUGUUAGCCUUGUUGAUGGCUACAAUGUCGGUGUCGGAGUACGAUCUUCCGGCGGAUCUGGUGAUUGUCAAUACGCCGGCUGCGUCGCCGAUCUAAAUGCGAACUGUCCAACGGAAUUGCAAGUGAUAGAUAACGGUGCAGUUGUGGCGUGUAAAAGCGCGUGUGCACAAUUCAACACGCCGGAGUAUUGUUGCACCGGUGUUCAUUCGACGCCGGCGACUUGCUCGCCGACGGACUACUCAAGGAUUUUUAAGAGUGCGUGCCCUAGUGCUUAUAGCUAUGCAUAUGAUGAUGCUUCAAGUACCUGCACUUGUGCUGGUGCUGAUUAUCUUAUCACAUUUUGUCCAACCGCUUCAUAAUUUUAAUUAUUACUAUUUUUUA